UUGCACAUUGGGCAGCGCCAUCCCAAUCCUGGGGGUCCGGAACCGCCACUAGUUCCAUCCUUCUUCCUCCAGACCAGGCUGGAGUAUCGGGGCCAUGGCCUACUCAGUCACCGCUGCUGCCGCCGUCGCGAGGCGGAACCUCGAGUGGAUUCCUCGGCAGCUUCUCCGCCGCGGCUACCAGACGGAAAGAGGGGUCUACGGCUACCGGCCGAAGCAGCGGGAGAACGGGGAGCCCAGGGGAGGCACGGCACGCUCGGCAGUUGAUCAUGGUCUUGCCCGUUUGGUCACAGCAUACUGUGAACAUGGUCAUAAAGCUGCCAAAAUCAAUCCCCUCUUUGCUGGUCAAGCUGUUAUGGAGAAUGUACCUGAAAUCCAAACUCUUGUUGAGACUCUUCAGGGACCUUUUAAUACUACAGGAUUACUAAGCAUGGGGAAGGAGGAAGCCUCUCUGGAAGAGGUAUUGGCUUACCUUAACCACAUCUACUGUGGACAGAUUUCUAUGGAAACAAUCCAGUUGCAGAGUCAGGAAGAGAAAGACUGGUUUGCAAGUAGAUUUGAGGAAUUAAAAAAGGAGACAUUCACUACUGAAGAGAAAAAACAUCUGUCCCGAUUAAUGCUAGAAUCUCAGGAGUUUGACCAUUUUUUAGCCACCAAAUUUGCCACAGUAAAGCGAUAUGGUGGUGAAGGUGCAGAAAGUAUGAUGGGUUUUUUCCAUGAAUUGUUAAAGAUGGCAGCCUAUAGUGGUGUGACAGAUGUCAUCAUUGGGAUGCCCCAUCGAGGGAGACUUAAUUUGUUGACUGGCCUUCUACAGUUCCCACCAGAGCUGAUGUUCCGUAAGAUGCGUGGCUUAAGUGAAUUCCCAGAGAGCAUCUCUGCUACUGGAGAUGUCCUUUCUCAUUUGACCUCCUCUGUGGACCUUGAUUUUGGGUCUCAUCGGCCCCUUCAUGUUACUAUGCUGCCCAACCCCUCGCACCUUGAAGCUGUCAACCCUGUUGCUGUUGGCAAAACUCGUGGGAGACAACAGUCACAGUUAGAUGGAGACUACUCUCCAGACAGUGCUGCUCAGCCAGGGGACAAAGUCAUAUGUCUGCAGGUUCAUGGUGAUGCUUCUUUCUGUGGUCAAGGGAUUGUUCCUGAAACGUUUACCCUCUCUAAUCUCCCACAUUUCAGAAUUGGUGGAAGUAUCCAUCUAAUUGUUAAUAACCAGCUGGGUUAUACCACUCCAGCAGAAAGAGGAAGGUCUUCCUUGUACUGUAGUGACAUUGGUAAGAUUGUUGGCUGUGCUGUCAUUCAUGUCAAUGGAGAUAACCCUGAGGAAGUAGUUCGUGCCACCCGCCUGGCUAUGGAAUACCAGCGCCAGUUUCGCAAAGAUAUAAUUGUUGAUUUGCUGUGCUACCGGCAGUGGGGUCAUAAUGAGCUGGAUGAACCCUUCUUUACCAAUCCUGUGAUGUAUAAAAUCAUUAGAUCACGAAAGAGCAUCCCAGACACCUAUGCAGAGAGCCUUAUUGCCCAUGGACUUAUGACCCAGGAGGAAGUAUCUGAAAUAAAGAACUCCUAUUACUCUAAGCUAAGUGACCAUCUGACUAACAUGACACUUUAUAGCCCACCUGCAACUAAUCUUCAGGCCCACUGGCGAGGCCUAGUGGAACCUUCGGCCAGGAUCACCACCUGGGACACUGGUGUACCCAUUGACCUUCUGAGAUUUGUUGGAGGAAAGUCUGUGGAAGUACCUGAGGAACUUCAGAUGCACAGUCACCUUCUAAAGACCUAUGUUCAAGCCAGAAUAGAGAAAAUAAAGGAAGGAAUGAAAUUAGACUGGGCCACUGCAGAAGCUCUAGCUUUGGGCUCAUUACUUGCUCAAGGUUUUAACGUCCGUCUGAGUGGUCAAGAUGUUGGCCGUGGAACCUUUAGCCAGAGGCAUGCGAUGAUUGUUUGCCAGAACACAGAUGACAUGUAUAUCCCUCUGAACCACAUGGAUGCUGAUCAGAAGGGGUUCCUAGAAGUGAGCAAUAGUCCUCUGUCGGAAGAGGCUGUGCUGGGAUUUGAAUAUGGAAUGAGCAUCGAAAGUCCCAAGUUACUGCCCAUCUGGGAGGCUCAGUUUGGUGAUUUCUUCAAUGGAGCCCAGAUCAUAUUUGACACAUUCAUCUCUGGAGGUGAGUCCAAGUGGCUCCUUCAGAGUGGCAUUGUAAUUCUCCUUCCACAUGGUUAUGAUGGGGCUGGACCAGACCAUUCUUCCUGUAGAAUGGAGCGUUUCCUGCAGAUGUGUGACAGUGUGGAAGAAGGAGUGGAUGGAGAUAAUGUCAACAUGUUUGUUGUGCACCCAACUACUCCAGCCCAAUAUUUCCACUUGCUCCGAAGACAGAUGAUUCGAAAUUUCAGAAAACCCCUCAUUGUUGCUUCUCCAAAAAUGCUACUCAGAUUCCCUGCAGCUGUGUCAAGUUUUCAAGAAAUGGCACCAAGGACAACAUUCAGACCUGUCAUUGGUGAUUCUUCUGUAGACCCUAAAAAUGUUAAAAGCAUAGUUUUCUGCUCUGGAAAACACUUCUAUGCUCUCAUGAAACAAAGAGAAAAUUUGGAAGAGAAGAAAGACAACUAUGCUAUCAUCCGAAUAGAAGAACUUUGCCCUUUCCCACUAGAAGCCUUACAGCAAGAGUUGAGCAAAUACAGAAAUGCCAAAGAUUUUAUUUGGAGUCAAGAAGAGCCGCAGAAUAUGGGUCCAUGGUUUUUUAUCUCCCCAAGAUUUGAAAAACAGCUGGCUUGCAAGCUCCGUUUGGUGAGCCGGCCUCCUUUACCAGCACCAGCUGUAGGAAUUGGAACCAUACACCAGCAGCAACAGGAAGAGAUUCUCACCAAGACCUUUGCUUGAAGUCUCUCUUUGAAGAAAUGUUAACAGAAACUGCCUUAAAAAGAAAGGCUUCUGUACCUAAUUUAAGUUAGAACUCCCAGGCUAUUUUCCGAGAAGUGGGACUUUCCAAGGACAGCUAAUUGCCAAUAGAGAAAACAGGCUGGAGAAGCUUACAUAUGAACUUUUUCUGAAUAUUUAAUUUGUUUACAGUUACACUAUUUGGCCAGGGCUAUGCUGUCGAAAUAAGGUAUAGAAUUGAGGCAGUUUUCCAGAUUGGUUCCCAAACUACUUUUAUCCUACUAUUCUGUGUAUGAAUGCACAAAGGAUCUGUGAUUUCAUCAGUGUUUCUGAUUUGGAAACUUUUUCUACCAACACAGGCCAUAACAGAUUAAAUCCGUGACUUACCAGAAAAGUCAAAGGGAGUUAUUUGAGAUAUAUAAGGUGUCCCCAAAGUCUCAGUGCAGUUUGAAGCUUUAAUACCUUAAACUAUUAAGCUUUAAUAGCUUAAAACUGUGCUGAGACUUCUCAGAUGCCUUGUUUAGUAUUUCAUAUACUGGCUGAUAUUGAUCGGGAUUACAGCCAAUAAGUUUGAGAGACAGCAUUUGAACUCAUCUUCCUGAUUGCAAGACCAGCACUAGAUCUUCUGCCAAGCUGCCUUUACAAUUUUCUAGAUUUUACAAAUGAAAUGUUUUCAUGUGUGAGUUACAGUUGUGUAUCAUCACAGUUCUUCACCUCACUUGUUACAUUAAGCCUACCCUAGUUUCAUUGGUUUUCCCUUUCUUCCUUCCCACAAUUCUUCUGACUAAUAACUUUGGAUUCCAGGAUGUGUUAGAAUCUGGAAUGCUUUCUAUUAAAGCUAUUUUUAAAAAUGUUUCACCAAGUGCUUUAAGACUACUAGGUCAUUCCUAAUAUAUGUUCUUAAAAGACUAGGGUGCUUCACUCGUCCAGUUAUAAUUACCCUCUUUAAUUAAAGGGUUUGUGACCUGUAAGCUCCAGUGAUGUUGCUUUUCAGUUAGGUCAGGUUUGGGUGCUUCCUGGUAAAUGACCUGAAACCUCUUAUCAGAGGAUCCUUUCUGUCUCUUCCCUUUAGGAGUCAAUCAUGAGGGAAUGGUGGCUAUUUGGGGGUCUAUGAGAAGCACUAUCUUCUUUGACAGAGGAAACUUCCUGAUCCAAGAUUCUCAGGGACUAUUAGAGGUCACUGUCCUUACAGAAGAAUUCUGAAAUGAUAUCUUGGACUAAGUAGGUUUAGGCCAGUGUAGCUGAACCAGUUACAAACCCAUUUCAUAACAGGAAAUUUCCACCAGGCCUGAGUACCUGCACCUUCACUGCUGUUAUCCCCAAGGGUAAGCCAAAGAUAAUGGAAAGCUGAAAAAGACCUAUCCCAUCUAUACUUUUUUUUUUCCAUUUUUAUUGCAUAUCAGUGAAUUUGCUCAUUAGCUCCUCCUGCUUUGGCAACUGGUUUAUCACUAAGUGUUUUUUUGCAGCAUACAGUGGCAAUAAGCCUGUGUACUGAUGAAAGUAUUAUAUACAAUAGUAACACUAAUUUUCCUCUUAUUCAUUUAUGUUCCAUCUUAUGUUCCAUCUUAAUGUUCCAUCUCUGUGAAAAGAAAGAACUGUGCCAGGCAUAAAUUGCUAAAAUUUCAAAGGUCAGUGUAAGGUGAGACUUGUUAUUACUGAGUUCCAAUUUUAACCUGAUUAAUUUUAAAGCUGUAACACAAUCUAAUCUUUUCAAACCUCUGCAGUUUUUUGAGCAACAGGGAAUUUUGGAAACUAUGAAUACAUGAUCAAACAGCCUUCUUAAGCCUCUUUCCCAACUUUUAAUUCUAUAAAUUAAUCAUUUCCUCCUCUUCAUUUUACUCCUCCAUAACUUUAACUAUGAAAGAUAACAACUCAUUUUUUCUUUUGUUAUCUUGAUAUUGCUCACUUCCAAUUAUAUUUUGGAUGUGCAUGCAGCAAAGAAAUGUCCAAAGAGUUUUAAAUAAAAUGUUUCUUGUUAAUUAACAUUUAUUUCAUCUUCUUCAUAGAUAUGUGAAGACUUUUGAAUUAAUUAAAAAUACUUAAAAUAAUCUAUCUUACCCAUUCCCAGUCUCACAGGUAUUCAUGUAUAUAUUGAAAGAAAAUCCAAAUUUGCCCAGAAAGUAUUAAAAUUGGUUACAUCUAGCCUCUUGGGGUUUUGGGGAAAACAUAAAGAACUCUUUGACUUGCAGAAUUUAAUAACAUAAAGCUGUUUACCAAAACUGUUAUGUUCGGUGAAUGAAAAAAAUGUGAAUUCACAACUAUGAAAAUACUUAGAUUUGAAUAAAAUCACUCUUUUACUUAA